AUUCACUUUACUUGAAGUAAAGUAAGAAGAAGUAGAAACUGUCAAAUCUCUCGAAGUUGAUGUCGAAGGUUGAAUUAGUUACAGGAUUUAGUGUAUUGUUUUAGAAGAGUUAUUUCUUCUGCAAUAUAAAGCGAUAAUCGAAGGUUAUAUUGAGCAGAAGUAUGAAUACUCUCGUGGAACUUGGAAAUCAGGCUUAUCAGAAGGCUCUGUGGAACGACUUCAAGGGAGCUAUUACAAUUCUUGAUAAAGCCAUUGCUAAAUAUCCUCGUGAUCCUCGGCUUUAUAAUAACCGCUGUUAUUCUUACUGUAGACUGAAAGAUUUUAAAAGUGCUUUAUCUGAAGCGGAAUUUAUGGUAAAAGAAUUUCCAUCUUUUUCAAAAGGAUAUUACAGAAAAGCAGAAAUAUUAAUAGAGAUGAAGAGAUAUAUAGAAGCAGAAUUAGUUUUAAAUGAAAUAUUAAAAUUGGAGCCAGAUUGUCAAGAAGCUAAAUUCCUGCUUUCAGAGGUGCAGAUAAUGUUGCUUUGCGGUGGCGGCAGAUAUUCUGUCCACGACUCAAUUAGAGCUCUUAAGCUCACUAAUUUCAAUGCAGAACAAGCCAAAGCUUUUUUAGAAGUUGGAGGAUUGAAUGGUGCUAAUUCGUAUGACAAGAAUGAUAUUUAUUAUUCAGACGAAGAAGUGGAGGAGCCAUCAACAUCAACAGCAGCUGCUGCAGCAGCAGUAUUAGCAAAACCACAAGCAGUAGUAACAAAACCACAAGCAGUAGUAACAAAACCACAAGCAGUAGUAGUCACACCAACAGAAGAAGGGGAAUACGAUCCUUAUGUGGAUCCCAGUAAUCCAUUCAAAAGUAACUCUAUCUGGGUGGGAAAUGUAACUAAAAGUAUUACUGAAGAUUUGAUUAAACCUUUAUUUUCCAAGUUUGGCAAAAUAAAGAGCAUAAUCGUACAGCACCAAAAUUUCUGUGCUUUUGUAAACUAUAUGGAACCCAGUAUGGCUGCCAACGCGAUGAAGAAAUUUCACCAGCAUUACCCGAUAGCUGAUACUUUUUUAGUUAUCCGUUAUCCUGAUAAUGCUAAAGCCAACGCUAUGAUGUUUGGUAAUAAAAAGAAUGGUAUUAAAAUUAAGUGAAUUCACACUUAUCAUUAUUCUUUACCAUGCAAAUGUUGUUAUUUUAAAUUAUUAUAACUUUCAUUUCUCAAGAUAUAUUUUUCCCUCGUUAAAUAUGAUUUUCUAAAUUUUUGUGUUUUUAAUAUUGUUAUAUGACAGUUUUAAAUUUAUUGUAAGUAACCACAGGCAUAUGUUUUAUCUUCUAGUAUUUAAAUAUAUCUUUACUUAUGUGUCCUACAUUAUAAUGCCAAUUUCAAAAGAAAUUGAAAGCCUUUAUAGAUAAACGAAUAAAGAAGUACUUUUUUAUAUCAA